AUCCACAAUGGCCUCCCUCAGCUUCCCUACGUGUUUUGGUCCAAGACCUACCCAAUGUUUCAAUGGCUAACAUGGCAUCCACCAGACCUCCCUCCCGUCAAGCCCUCUGCCAUCGCUCUCGGCACGGCUUUCAACCACGCUGUCUCCCUUGCCGUUCUUGGCCCUGUUUUCGGUGACGCCUACCGCCGCGCACAGCAGGCCAACUCCAAGGAGGAGUACUUCCACUCCAAGGAGGCUGCUACCGCCGCUGCCACCUGGGGUAGCUCCAUUGUCGGCUCUGCCGUCCAGUCGUACGGUGUUGGUGCUCUCAUCAACGCUACCGGUACCCUCACCUACAAGGGCGCUGCUUACCUCGGCUCUUUGAUCUUCUUUGCUUCCGCUGCUCCUUCCGUACGUCACCUCGCCGCCUACUCUCCGACUGCAUGCUAACAGUGCCAGAUCGUCUCCCAGGUCCUCACCGAGAAGCGUCCUCUUGACACCAUCGCCAUUGGCGCUGUUGCCCGCGUCCUCGAGACUGUCGGUCUGUCCCUGUUCCUCACCUACUGGGGCACCCGCACCAACCCCUUCGAGUAAAGCACUCGUUAGGAGUUGAGUAAUUUUUUUCUACCUUGGCGGCUAGAAUGAGUUCGCCAGUAUCCGGCGUCCUGGAGAAUGAAGCGACAUGAUAUGAGCCCACAGCAGGCCUGCUUCGAUUAUGAUAUGUAACAUUACCAAAGAAUUUAAUUCUCCAAAAA